AUGCCAACGGUAUACGGAGCGGCCUUGCCGGGAACGCUUCCUGAAGAGAAAGCGGAAGAAUGGUCAGUGACACCGGAGGAUGAGGUACCGCUGUCAGACCUGCUGGGCGAAGACGAGGAAGCAGAUGAAGAGCAGGGUUUGCCUUUUACCGUUCCACAGCCCACGGACUCGGGCAAUGAUCAAGGGGAGGUCGAUGUCAAUGCGGAAGGGCUGGGACGGCAGUCAUCGAUGCGCAGCUCCCGGCCAAUGGAGGUUGCCAAGGCCUUCGUGCAUUCGGGUACGGGGCUCUGCGAGGUCAACGGGGACGAGCUAGUCCAGCGAGCAUCAGUUGGAGUUCAGCGGCCACUGGCUCAAGCAUGUGGAAGGUGUGGGGGAUCAUGCAUCUUUGCAGUAUCCGUGGUGUCUGUCUUGUCUGCAGGUGUGCUGGCAUCACUCUCGGCUCUACCUGGCGAAUGGAAGUACAAGGCAACAACAGAAACAUGGUAUCUGAGUAGCCUGGGACUGGGAGUGGUUACCUGGAGUUGCCUGUUGGCAACACUCGUGGUGCUCUUCUUGGUUUAUGGCAUCCUGUUUGUCUGCCUGGAGGCUUCUGCGGAAGCAGCCAAGUCAGAGAAGCUCCGUGUUAAGAAAGCUCUGCGCUUGAAUGACGUGAGGGCAGUCUUUGGGCACCGCCCAAACUGGAGAAGGUGUUUCAAGUUUGGUCAGCUAGUGGCUCGAGCUGUGUUGAACAUUGUAUUUGCAACGUUCACAUUUGUGACGCUGCCAUCGCGCGACCCGGAUGAGCCGCUGAAUCAAACGAAGCACGUGCUAAGCUGGCUAGAGUUUCCCGCUGUGUGGUCAUGUGUCGUCUACUGCCUGAGCUUGAUGCUUUACAUGUUGGCGCGCUAUUGCCUCGGAGCAGAAACCAACACGCGCAGUCUCUGUUCCGCUGUCGAUGCCAUGCGAGCGGUGGCCCAGGUAUCAAUGUUGAAGUUUAUGCUCUUUGCAAAUCCCGACCGCCUUCGCGCAGCUAUCGAAAGAUAUCGCCGCACGACAGGGCUUGGCAUGCUAGUGCUACUCAUCUACAUGCCGCUGUACCUCCUCAUUCUUGUGGUCGGCACGGCGGCAUUCAUUUUAAAAGCCAGCACGGUGGCCUUCACCUCUGACACUCUGUUCUGGAGCUGGACCCCUUCCCAAUGGCUGUCUCUUGCGGGUCUUUUGAACAACCUUGCUGGCAUGGUCAACUUCGAUGACGUCGGCUCGAAUGCUGUCAUCAAGCAUUUCUUGCGGGCCUACACCGACAAGGAGGGAGCCUUGCAUCAUGGUGGUGUUCAGCUUUUCCGAUCAGCCCUUUCGCAGCAACUCUUGCGCGAGUAUAACCCCGUGCUUGCAGCAGUCAUGUAUCAGUCCACUGGACUGACAGACGUCAUGGACUUGCUGCAGGCUGACGAAAUCCGCGUCAUACUGAAGAGCUUCCUCCUCCGCUUUUUGGUGCAGGAGUUGUCGCAGCGCUACCCGGGGCAGGUGGCCGUGACGGCCUCUACGGGCAUCGCUGCAGCGCACCUCGGUGGUCAAACCAUCCACAGCUUCGCGGGGAUCGGCGUUGGGAAGGAUCCUCUCGCGAAGACCUUGCAGCAGGUUCGAAAGAAUUCUGGAGCAGUGCAACGAUGGAAGAACACCAAAGUGCUGGUUGUCGAUGAGAUCUCCAUGAUCGAUGGCGAGCUACUGGAGCUGCUGUGCGCCGUUGCCUGCGACAUCCGGAAGAAGCCCGCUGCCUUCGGUGGACUGCAGGUGCUUUUCUGUGGUGAUUUUCUACAGCUGCCGCCGGUGCAGGAGCGGGGGCAGGUUGCGCGGAAGUUCUGCUUCGCGUCUGCCGCUUGGAGAAAGGCUGGCUUGGACGAGGGCACCGUGCUUCUAUGCCAGACGGUGCGGCAAGCAUCCGACCGCGAAUUUGGCAAGGUCCUCAACGAGUUGAGGGUCGGGCACGUGUCCGAUGCUGCGCGAGCAAUGCUCGCAAAAUGUCACGUUGGUGUGAAACCGCAGCCCAAAGAUGGCAUCCUUCCAACGAAGCUUUACUGCCUCAACAAGAACGUCGACGCCGAGAACGCAGCGCGCCUGCGGCAGCUGCCAGGCGCACCGCAAACCAUGCGAGCACACGAUCUUUGCCCGCGCAACACCACGCCCGCGCAGAUGAACCUCUUGGACAAGAAGGUCCCCAGUGAAGUUCAGCUCAAGGUUGGCGCGCAGGUUGUGAAUUAG